CCACGUUCCAUCUGAAUGGAUAAACGGAGCUCUCUCACGCUGAUCUCGCAGCGUGCCAAGGAACCCGUCUCCCCUCCGGGCAGCUCCGUCCUGUGGAGCACUGGAGCUUGUAGCACAACAAAACAACUCCAGGUGCAUUUGGCUUUUCGGGAGGUCCGUGCCAUGGCUGAGGGUCCGAGGGCAGCGGCCGCCGGCCAGACAAAGAGGCUGAGCAGCGGCGCUGAGGUGGCUGAGAGGCUGGAAGAGAACGGGCAUCAGAACAAAAGGUUGAAGGGAGGUGCGGAUGAGGAGGGUGCGGAGGAUCAGGGUAAGAAGUCGCCCAAGAGGAAGAUUGUGCUGCUGAUGGCGUAUUCAGGGAAAGGCUACCAUGGCAUGCAGAGAAACGUGGGAUCUUCACAGUUCAAGACAAUUGAAGAUGACUUAGUGUCUGCCCUCGUUCAGUCAGGCUGCAUCCCAGAGAACCACGGGGAGGAUAUGAAGAAGAUGUCUUUCCAGCGGUGUGCUCGAACAGAUAAGGGUGUGUCUGCAGCUGGACAGAUUGUGUCGCUGAAGGUCAGGCUGAUAGAUGACAUCUUAGAAAAGAUCAAUAAUCAUCUUCCUUCUCACAUCAGAAUUCUGGGCCUGAAGAGAGUCACUGGGGGAUUCAACUCCAAGAACAAAUGUGAUGCCAGAACCUACUCUUACAUGCUGCCAACAUUUGCCUUUGCCCACAAGGACCAUGAUGUGCAAGAAGAGGUUUAUAGGCUGGACAAAGAGACCCUCGGCAGGGUCAACAAACUGCUCUCGUGCUAUAAAGGGACACACAACUUCCACAACUUCACGUCCCAGAAGGGCCCCAGGGACCCCAGUGCCAGGAGGUACAUCAUGGAGAUGUACUGUGGAGAGCCCUUUGUCAGGGAGAACAUGGAGUUUGCAGUGAUCAAAGUGAAGGGUCAGAGCUUCAUGAUGCACCAGAUCAGGAAGAUGAUCGGGCUGGUGAUAGCCAUUGUGAAGGGUUAUGCUGCUGAAUCCAUCCUGGAGCGCAGCUGGGGAGAGGAGAAGGUGGAUGUCCCCAAAGCCCCGGGCCUCGGGCUGGUUUUGGAACGAGUGCACUUUGAAAAGUACAACAGGCGCUUUGGGAACGAUGGGCUGCACGAGCCGCUGGAGUGGACGGAGGAGGAGGAGAAGAUUGCUGUUUUCAAAGAGCAGUACAUCUACCCCACCAUCAUCAACACGGAAAGGGAGGAGAAAUCCAUGGCAAACUGGCUCAGCACCCUCCCCAUUCACGACUUCAACUCGUCUGCUGUUGAGAUGCAAGCCAACAACAAAAAUUCAAAGAACAGCAGCGACCUCGAAGGCAGUGAUGGUUGUGGUGAUGAUUCUGACUGAGCCAGCGUGGCUGGAUGUGGAACCCUUGCUGCUUAAAGUCUACAAAAAAAGUGGCCUUUCAAAAUCCAGGAAUCCAGUAAAGCAGGAGUUUGUGUGCUUGCAGAAUGAGAACUGGAUGCCCAGGAGAAUCUGGGUGGGAAAGACAGUGCAGUAGAAAAAACAGAAGGUUUUUAUACCACUGACCAAUUCACCUGACUGAUAUACUUGAAAACAGUUCAAGGAGAAAGAAGCUUUCUAAAAGAAUCUUGAAAUGCAGGAUAUCAUAAUUGCUAUUUGAAUAAUGGUUUUAUUAUGUUUACUUGGAAAAUAGUAUUUUAAAUAUGUAUAACUUCUACAUAAAGAUGGGGCAGAUCGUUUUAAUAUACUCUUUUUUUAUUAUGAAGUUAUGAUUCCAUGUUUGUUUUUUUUAAUCAUUCACCUUUACUUACCUGAAUCUCUAAACACCAUUAAGCUUUCAUUUUCUAUUCCAUCCAUGAUUUUCCUGUGGAAUAACAUGCAUGGGUUAGGAACUCAUGAUCAUGUUGACUGCUGUGAACCCUUUGCUAUUGAAACAUAUAUUCUGUGUUUUUUAGAGCUG